AUGGACCACCUGCCUCUGACCUCGCCGGCCGCCGCCGCGGCGUCGCUGUCCCCCUCGCAGGACGCUGGGAGGGUGCUCGACGCGUACAAGACGGCGCUGGCCACGGCGGCCUCGGCCGCGGCGUACGCCGUGAUGGCGCGGAGCAUGGCGCGGGAGCUGCUGCCCGACGAGCUGCGCGCCGCGGCGCGGUGGUGCGCGGCGGCCGCGCGAGCCCGAUUCGGCCGCGGCGAGAAGGAGCGCCACACCAUCGUCAUCCGCCACCAGUUCGACACGGGCUACAGCGAGAACCAACUCUUCGAUGCGGCGCGCGCGUACCUGGCCACCCGGAUCGACCCGCGCGCCAUGCGCCGGCUCUGCCUCGCGCGCUCCCGCACCAAGGAGCCCGACGGCAGCGGCAGGUGGAACACGCUCCUGUGCAUGGAGCCCGGGGGCUCCACCGUCGACGUCUUCGACGGCGUCGAGUUCUCCUGGGCCUGCGUCGAGACCGGCGGCGACGACAAGAAGAAGGGCAAGGGCGGCGGCGGCAACACCCGCGAGUCCUUGGAGCUCAGCUUCGACGCCGAGCACACCGAGGCGGCGCUGGAGCGGUACGUUCCCUUCGUCAUGUCCACGGCGGAGCAGCUGCAGCUGCGGGACCGCGCGCUUAGGAUCUUCAUGAACGAGGGGCGCUCGUGGCACGGCAUCAACCACCACCACCCGGCCACGUUCGACACGCUCGCCAUGGACCCGGCGCUCAAGCAGUCCGUCGUCGACGACCUCGACAGGUUCCUGAAGCGCAGGGACUACUACCGCCGCAUCGGCAAGGCGUGGAAGCGCGGGUACCUGCUCUACGGCCCGCCCGGCACCGGCAAGUCCAGCCUCGUCGCCGCCAUGGCCAACUACCUCCACUUCAACCUCUACGACCUCGACCUCUCCGAGGUGCGCCUCAACUCGGCGCUGCAGAAGCUGCUCAUCCACAUGCCCAACAAGUCGAUGCUCGUCAUCGAGGACAUCGACUGUUGCUUCGACGACGCUGCCGCGUCGAGGAAAGCCGUCAAGGCGCCGGAGCCGGUUGACCACCUGGACAUGGACCCCGACUACACAUCGGAUUCCUCGGACGAAAACUGGGCCCAGCCGGGAGUCGCUUCCCUGAAGCCGAAGGGCAUCACUCUGUCCGGGCUGCUGAACUUCAUCGACGGCCUGUGGUCCACGUGCGGCGAGGAGCGCAUCAUCGUCUUCACCACCAACUACAAGGACCGCCUCGACCCGGCGCUGCUGCGGCCGGGCCGCAUGGACAUGCACGUCUACAUGGGCUACUGCGGCUGGGAGGCGUUCAAAACUCUGGCUAGAAACUACUUCCUCGUCGACGACCACAAGAUGUUCCCGGAGAUACAUGAACUUCUCUCGGCAGUGGAGGUGACGCCGGCCGAGGUCUCCGAGAUGCUGCUGCGGAGCGUGGACGUUGACGUGGCUCUCCGGAUUCUUGCAGAGUUCCUCCGGGAGAAGAGACGGAGGACGAGGAAAGAAACAGAGGACAAGAAGAACUCGGCAGAGGACAAGGAGGAGGUAGUAGCAGAGAAACCUGUGUAG